GAAACAGCAGCUUUUGGACAUUUUAAUGAGUUCUAUGCCAAAACCAGAAAGACAUGCUGAGUCAUUGCUUGACAUUUGUCAUGAUACAAACUCUUCUCCAACUGAUAUGAUGACAGUUACCAAAAAUCAAAACAUCAUCUUGCAAAGCAUCAGCAGCAGUGAGGAGUUCAACCAAGAUGGUGACUGCAGUCAUUCCACACUGGUUAAUGAAGUAGAAGAUCCCAGUGGUGGUAGACAGGACUGGCAACCCAGGACAGAAGGUGUUGAGAUCACUGUGACUUUUCCAAGAGAUGCCAGUCCUCCCCAAGAAAUGAGCCAAGAAGACUUAAAAGAAAAGAAUCAGAUAACCUCAUCACAUCAAGAAUGGGCACAAGCACAUGCAGUUUUGCAUCCAAAUGAAACAGAAAGAGUGGAGCUCAGGACAAAGACGCUGACCAUGCGGCCCUUAGUUUUGCAAAAAGAGGAACGUUCCAGGGAGUUCUGCAAUGUGAACUUGGGCUUUUUGCUGCCAAGAUCUUGUUCAGAACCAAACAUUUCCAAGUCUGUAACCAGAGAAGAUGCUCCUCAUUUUCUGAAGGAGCAGCAAAGAAAAUCUGAAGAGUUUUCGACCUCUCAUAUGAAGUACAGUGGCCGAAGCAUCGAGUUCCUUCUGCCACCACUGUCACUCUUGCCCACGCGAUCUGGUGUCCUUACUAUCCCCCAAAAUCACAAGUUUCCAAAGGAAAAAGAAAGAAACAUUCCAAGCCUCACAUCUUUUGUGCCUAAGCUCUCAGUCUCUUUUCGUCAAUCUGAUGAGCUUAGCCCAUCAAACAAGCCUCCGGGAGCCCUAGUUAAGUUGUUGAUGGAUCCGACUCUCAGGUCUUCUGAUGGCUUCAUUUGGUCAAGAAACAUGUGCUCUUUUCCUAAGACUAACCGUCACAGACAAUGCCUGGAGAUGGAGGAGAACUGGAAAUCCAAGGAAAUAGAAGAAUGUAACAAAAUUGAAAUCACUCACUUUGAAAAAGGGCAGUCUUUGGUGUCUUUUGAGAAUUUGAAGGAAGGCAAUAUUCCUGCAGAUAGGGAAGAGGAUAUUGACCGCCAUGGCAGUAAAACACGAAAACCUGAAGAAGAGAACUCUCAAUAUCUUUCAUCGAGAAAGAAUGAGAGUUCAGUAGCCAAAAACUAUGAACAAGAUCCAGAAAUAGUAUGUACCAUUCCAAGCAAGUUCCAAGAAACCCAGCAUUCAGAAAUAACUCCAAGCCAGGAUGAAGAGAUGAGAAAUAAUAAAGCUGCUUCAAAAAGAGCUUCAUUACAUAAAAAUGAAGCAAUGGAACCAAACAAUAUUUUAGAAGAGUAUACUGUACUUAAAUGCUUGUCCAGUGUAGUCUUUGAUGACCCCAUUGAUAAACUCUCAGAAGGUCAUAGCAGCAUGGAGACAAACAUAAAAAUAUCAAUAGCAGAAAGAGCCAAACCAGAAAUGAAUGGGAUGGUGCCUCUUAUCCACAUCACCUUCCCCGUGGAUGGAAGCCCCAAGGAACCAGCGAUAGCCAAACCAAGCCUCCAAAAAAGAAAGGGAACCAUUCAUAACAACCAUAGUGUCAACAUACCUGUACACCAAGAAAAUGACAAGCAUAAGAUGAAUUCCCAUAGGAGCAAGUUGGAUUCAAAGACCAAGACAAGUAAGAAGACACCUCAGAAUUUCAUGAUUUCUACUGAAGGUCCCAUUAAGCCUACCAUGCUUAAAACCAGCAGAAAGACACAAAUUUUCCCGGCUUUGGGACUUGUUGACCCCAGGCCUUGGCAAUUGCCCAGGUUUCAAAAGAAAAUGCCACAGAUAGCAAAGAAGCAAUCAACUCACCAGACCCAGAAACCUAAAAAGCAAUCAUUUCCUUGCAUCUGUAAAAAUCCAGGAAUACAAAAGUCAUGUGUUCCUCUCUCUGUUCAACCGACAGAGCCAAGACUAAAUUACCUAGAUCUUAAGUAUAGUGAUAUGUUCAAUGAAAUCAAUUCAACUGCUAAUGGACCUGGAAUCUAUGAAAUGUUUGGGACCCCUGUUUAUUGUCAUAUGCGAGAGACUGAAAGGGAUGAAAACAAAUAUUACCAUGAGAUAUGUUCGGCUCCAUCAGGCAGAUGUAUCACCAAUAAAUGUCGAUCUUCACGCAGUGAGAGGAAGAGCAAUAUUAGAACAAGACUUUCUCAGAAAAAAACACAUAUGAAACCCCCAAAGACUUCAUUUGGCAUUAAACAAGAGCACAAAGUCUUGAUUUCUAAAGAAAAGAGUUCCAAGGCUAUACAUAGCAACCUACAUGACAUUGAAAAUGGUGAUGGUAUUUCAGAACCAGACUGGCAGAUAAAGUCUUCAGGAAAUGAGUUUCUAUCUUCCAAAGAUGAAAUUCAUCCCAUGAACUUGGCUCAGACACUUGAGCAGUCCAUGAAACAGAAUGAAUUCCCUCCUGUCUCAGAUUUAUCCAUUGUUGAAGAAGUUUCUAUGGAAGAGUCUGCUGGUGAUAGAGACAUUUCUAACAAUGAAAUACUCACCACAAGCCUCAGAGAUCUGCAAGAACUUGAAGAGCUACAUCACCAGAUCCCAUUUAUCCCUUCAGAAAACAGCUGGGCAGUGCCCAGUGAGAAGAAUUCUAACAAGUAUGUACAGCAAGAAAAGCAGAAUAUAGCAUCUCUUAGUAAAGUAAAUGCCAGCCGAAUUUUAACUAAUGAUCUAGAGUUUGAUAGUGUUUCAGAUCAGUCUAAAACACUUACAAAUUUCUCUUUCCAAGAAAAACAAGAAAGUGCAUCUUCCCAGACAUAUCAAUAUUGGGUACAUUAUUUGGAUCAUGAUAGUUUAGCAAAUAAGUCAAUCACAUAUCAAAUGUUUAGAAAAACCUUAAGUGGCACAAAUUCAAUUUCCCAAGGAAUUCUGGACUCUGUAAAUAAUGAAGAAUUGACAGAUGAACUAUUAGGUUGUCUAGCUGCAGAAUUAUUAGCUCUUGAUGAGAAAGAUAACAACUCUUGCCAAAAAAUGGCAAAUGAAACAGAUCCUGAAAACCUAAAUCUUGUCCUCAGUCGGAGAGGAAGUACCCCAAAAGAAAUGGGCAGAGAGACAACAAAAGUCAAAAUACAGAGGCAUAGUAGUGGGCUCAGGAUAUAUGACAGGGAGGAGAAAUUUCUCAUCUCAAAUGAAAAGAAGAUAUUUUCUGAAAAUAGUUUAAAGUCUGAAGAACCUAUCCUAUGGACCAAGGGUGAGAUUCUUGGAAAGGGAGCCUACGGCACAGUAUACUGUGGUCUCACUAGCCAAGGGCAGCUAAUAGCUGUAAAACAGGUGGCUUUGGAUACCUCUGAUAAAUUAGCUACUGAAAAGGAAUACCGGAAACUACAGGAAGAAGUAGAUUUGCUCAAAGCACUGAAACAUGUCAACAUUGUGGCCUAUUUGGGGACAUGCUUGCAAGAGAACACUGUAAGCAUUUUCAUGGAGUUUGUUCCUGGUGGCUCAAUCUCUAGUAUUAUAAACCGUUUUGGGCCAUUGCCUGAGAUAGUGUUCUGUAAAUAUACGAAACAAAUUCUGCAAGGUGUUGCUUUCCUUCAUGAGAACUGUGUGGUACAUCGCGAUAUCAAAGGAAAUAAUGUUAUGCUCAUGCCAACUGGAAUAAUAAAGCUGAUUGACUUUGGCUGUGCCAAGCGUUUGGCCUGGGCAGGUUUAAAUGGCACCCACAGUGACAUGCUUAAGUCCAUGCAUGGGACUCCAUAUUGGAUGGCCCCAGAAGUCAUCAAUGAGUCUGGCUAUGGACGGAAAUCAGAUAUCUGGAGCAUUGGUUGUACUGUGUUUGAGAUGGCUACAGGGAAGACUCCACUGGCUUCCAUGGACAGGAUGGCCGCCAUGUUUUACAUCGGAGCACACCGAGGGCUGAUGCCUCCUUUACCAGACCACUUCUCAGAAAAUGCAGCAGACUUUGUGCGCAUGUGCCUGACCAGGGACCAGCAUGAGCGACCUUCUGCUCUUCAGCUCCUGAAGCACUCCUUCUUGGAGAGAAGUCACUGAAUAUACAUCAAGACUUUCUUCCCAGUUCCACUGCAGAUGCUCCCUUGCUUAACUGUGGGGAAUGAUGGCUAAGGGAUCUUUGUUUCCCUACUGAAAAUUCAGUCUAACCCAGUUUAACCAGAUCCUAUGGAGUCACUAACUGAAAGUUGCAGUUACAUAUUAGCCUCCUCAAGUGUCAGACAUGAUUACUCAUAGUAUCAAAAAACAUGUUCUUAAUAACAACAAAAAACAUAUUUCAGUGUUUACAGUUUUGAUUGUCCAGGAACUACAUUCUCUAUUGUUUUAUAUGACAUUUCCUUUUAUUUUUGGCCUGUCCUGUCAAUUUUAAUGUUGUUAGUUUAAAAUAAAUUGUAAAAACAA